AUGCCCCGCCGCGCCAUCGUCUCCUGCGCGCUGAGCCGCAGCUUUGCCACGAAAGCACCACGCGACACGUUGCAAGAGCGCGUCGUGGCACUGUGUCGUCAUCGUGGCUUCGUCUUCCCUGGCUCGGAUCUCUACGGCGGCCUCGCCAACAGCUUUGACUAUGGACCGCUCGGAGCACUCAUGAAGAAGAACGUGAUGGAUCGCUGGUGGCUCGAGUUCGUGCAGAAGCGCCCCAACUGCGUAGGUCUCGACAGCUCCGUGCUGCUCAACUCGGCCGUCUGGACGGCGUCUGGCCACGUGAAGAACUUUACGGACCCCAUGACGGUCUGCAGCAAUUGCAACUCCCGCGUCCGCGUGGACCAGUUGCUUGAAGCCGAGCUGCAGGACAUUGACGCCGUCGCGUCGCUGUCGCUAUCCGAAAUGGAUGCUUUGCUUGUACAGCUUGGCGUGCCGUGUCCUCACUGCAGCCACACGCGCAGCUUCCAGCCCACCAAGCAGUUCAAUUUGCUCUUUCGUACCAACAUGGGUGCUACAGACGAGACCUGCGAGUGGAUCUAUUUACGUCCAGAGACGGCGCAAGGUGCCUACAUUAACUUUGCCAACGUGCAGAGCACAAUGCGCAAGAAAUUGCCGUUCGGCAUUGGUCAAAUGGGCAAGAGCUUCCGCAACGAGAUUUCGCCUGGGCACUUUCUGUUUCGCACGCGCGAGUUUGAGCAACUGGAGCUGCAGUUCUUCACCAAUCCGAACGAAUCGGACGGCUGGUACCUCUACUGGGUGGACCAGUGCUACGACUUUCUGACCAAGUACGGCAUCAAGUCCGAGAAUCUGAGGAAGCACGAACAUGCGCCUGAGGAAUUAGCCCACUACGCUCGCGCCACGACGGACAUUCAGUUCAAGUAUCCGUUUGGCUGGAGCGAGUUGUGGGGCAUUGCAAAUCGCACCAGCUAUGACCUGAAGAAACACAUGGACGCGAGUGGAAAGAGUCUCAAGUAUCAGGACCUUGUUGCGAAAGAAGAGUUCUUGCCGCACGUGAUUGAACCGGCGCUCGGUGUUGGACGUGUCAUGCUUUCGAUGCUGCUGGAUGCUUACGAUGAAGAAGAAGUAAACGGCCGACAACGCACCCUGCUGCGUCUGCAUCCGGAUAUCGCUCCGUACCGUUUCGCAGUGCUGCCUCUUGUGAAGAAGGAACCUUUGUUGGAAGUGGCUCAGAAGCUUUUCGAGGAUUUGUGUGGAAGUGCUAGCGUGGACUAUGAUGUGGCGGGAAGCAUUGGCCGCCGUUACCGCCGCCAAGACGAGAUCGGCACGCCAAUGUGCUUGACUGUGGAUUUCGAUACUCUGGACGAUAAGUGUGUGACGGUUCGUGACCGCGACAGUUUGGAGCAGAAGCGCGUGCCGAUUCAACAGAUCCUUCUAGGCACGUCAGUGAUGCCUCCCAGUUUUUCUUCCUUUUAG